GUUUAGAAUAAUGGCGACCCGCAGUUGUAGUUUCCUUAGCUGAUAUUCUGGUAGUUUCUGGUCGUCACAGCUACCCGAACCAUUGCUCUCCCUCCCCACGAGGCCCGCACAGAAGGCGCCGAUGUAGCGGGAGAAGGGCGCCGGGAGAAGGACCCGCUUUCAAGCGAUACACUAGUCAACUUGUCACAUUUUCAAAAUCACCUCCGACUGGGCCGAAGCCAUUUUUCGUUGGCGGGCAGAGGAGGGGACAAUGGAGGGGGGCAGGGGCGCCCGUAGACAGGGGACUCUCUCCUCCUCCACGGGCUGCUCGUGGGCUUCGUUCGAGGAGAAAGCCAAGGACUACGAACUAAAGUCUGGGCUCCUGGGACCGAGUCGCAACCCCUUCUCACCUACCACAAGACAACUCUGCAGAGAAGAUAUGGCAAUUUAUGGAGAGGAGCCGGCGAGCGAUUCGCUAGCUCUUGUGGUCUGUGAGCAGUGUGGUCGAGUUGUCAAGUCUCAAGCUCUCUCAAAACACAAAGGGGAAGAGGAGGGGAAAGUGGGGAGAGGAAGGAAAGGGAAGAAGGAGGAGAAAGAGAGGGGAAAGGCGCAUAAGAAGAAGAGGACUGAGAGGGAGAGCAAAGAGGACGAUAGAGAUGUGACCGUAGUGUUUUCUUUUCCAGAGCUGUACCACUCCAAGGUGUUCCACAUCCCUCCACCGAAACACAUCGGUCACCACUCUCGCAUCCACACCGUGGGCCAGCCCUCCGUGGGGGGGCUCACCGACGAACCCCGGGGGCAAUUUCCGGCCCCCGUCGUCGCCCCCCAACGAAGGGGGUCCACCUCCGUGGGGGGGCUCACCGACGAACCCCGGGGGCAAUUUCCGGCCCCCGUCGUCGCCCCCCAACGAAGGGGGUCCACCUCCGUGGGGGGGCUCACCGACGAACCCCGGGGGCAAUUUCCGGCCCCCGUCGUCGCCCCCCAACGAAGGGGGUCCACCUCCGGAGGGGGAGGGGUGAUGGGGUUUGCGGCGACGGAGCUACCGAGACAGAACAGCAGUGGUAGUGGUGGUGUGGGGACGAUGGGAGGAGAGAGAGGGGCCGAGGAUGGAAACAGUGGCUCUGGAAGAUCAUCUAAAGAGUACGACCCUAAUCGUCACUGUGGUGUGUGGGUAGAAGAAGAGAAGAGAAACUGUACCAGAUCUCUCACUUGCAAGUUUCACCCGCUGAGUCAGAAGGGAAGGGUGCAGGGUCGUAGUCGGCCAUUCGCCGAGCUACUGGAUGAGCACAGGCGGAGAAAGAAGUUGAAGAAGCAGGGCAAACUGAGCGGAGGAGGCCACACACCCUCCCUCCCCCACCCUUCUCCCUCGGAGUUAGUCUAUUUAUCUGUGUGUUGUGGUUCAUGGAGGGAAGUUGUCGUAAAAAUAAUGAAAACCUCCGCCAUUGACAGCUCACCCUCUCUACCCUCCUCCACACCCGGACCGACCGACUCCGCCCACAUUCCACCCGAACUCUGCCCCUUUCCCCCACGUUGACGAUGACGAGAGGGGAGAGAGUGAGGGGGGAGGAGGGGAGUGGGUGACGGGAGAAGAACACAGCGAAGAGGACGAGGCUAAUUCGAGGGACUUACCCUCGCGUCCGGACUAUCCCAAACCAUUAGCUGUG